AUGCCUUCUGCAAAAUUGACAAUCACUGUCUUCCUGGCUGCAAUUUGGUGUUGGACAGCUAAGGGAGAGUUCUACACUGAUGUGGCCUGUCCUGGUGUCAACAGCGAGCUGAAAUGCCCUGAAGGACAAGAGAUUACCGUAUUUUCAAUGGAGUAUGGCGCAAAGAGCUCUGUUGACUGUUCUGCCAGAGACCAACCUGCCAUGUACCCAAAAUGGAAAUGCAUCCACUGGUCCAUGUUAGGAUGGGUCCAGUCCAUCUGCGAUGGCAUGCAACGCUGCCGACUGCCAAAACCCCAUCCCGACAUGUUAACGUGCGAUCGCUCAGAAGAAAACUUCAUUCAAAUCAGCUACAUGUGUUACACAAAAAGUCCUGAUAGGCGCAAAGUUGUUUUUUGCGAAAAUCAAAGAGCAACCCUCAAGUGUGACAGAGGACGCCGACUUAUGAUUACAAGCACCAAAUUUGGCCGUUUUGACGAGAACACCUGCACCAAGGGGAGACCUUCAAAAAUGACCUUCUGUUCAAGUCCCGACAAUGGAUACAUUAAAAAAAGGUGCGAGGGCAUGGGAAGUUGCUCGUUUGUUCCCAAUGCUAGAACUCUUGGAAAACCUAGUUACUGUGAUCAUCUUCCCAAGUACGCUCUUGUGGAAUACCUUUGUCUGUGA